UCCAUUUUUACUGCUGAUAGAAAAAUGAUUUCUAUUUGAAAAGUUGUUGUUGUUCCUCUGAGUCACCAGCAGGUGGCAGCAGCGCCUCCUCUCAGCUGUCCGGAAGUCUGGACCAGACUCGGCUGUUUCUCCCAGUAAACGGGUUCGUCUCCCAGUUUUCUUCCAGUUAACGGAGUCGAAAGGCGGCUUGAAGCGGGGACAGCUCGCCGGGAUGGAAGAGUAUCAGAACGGCAGCGAGGGUUCAUUCAACUCAGAGGAGGCGGAGAACGUCGUCAAAGAGGGCAUCGAGAGCGUGCUGGGGGGAGACGACUACAGCCAGACUCAUGUGAACAAAUGGACGGCCGCCAUCGUGGAGCGCUGCCUCACGCAGCUGGUCAAGAUCAACAAGCCCUACAAAUACAUCGUGACGUGUUCAGUGAUGCAGAAGACCGGCGCCGGCCUCCACACAGCCAACUCCUGCUACUGGGACACCAGUAUGGACGGCAGCUGCACCGUGCGGUGGGAGAACCGCACCAUGUACUGCGUGGUGAGCGUGUUCGCCGUCUGCAUCGCCUAGGAGCGGCGGGGCUGCAGCGCUGCGGGCCGCCGGCAGGGGGCGGCAGCGAGCUUCAGGGUUUAAACUGCUGCAGCGCUGCGGGCCGCCUGCAGGGGGCGGCAGCGAGCUUCAGGGUUUAAACUGCUGCAACGCUGCGGGCCGCCUGCAGGGGGCGGCAGCGAGCUUCAGGGUUUAAACUGCUGCAACGCUGCGGGCCGCCGGCAGGGGGCGGCAGAGAGCGGUUUUGUAUCAGAGUUGCUGCACAAUAAACAGUUUCUGGACCAAACUUGA